GAGUAUUUUACUCCUAUUUAGGGUGCCGUUUCCGCAUGCUUUUAUUAUGAUUUAUCACGGUUUUAUGGUAUUCCGAGUGCCUUAUUAUAUGUUUUAUUAUUUCAGGUACUUUGGAGCAUCGCGGAAGCAUUUUGAUACAAAAGAUGGAAAAGUCGACGGAAAAGAGGCGAAAGCUCAUUUGCAAGUCUGAAAAACCGACCCCUCUGCACUAAUUGGCAAAUUGGAACCAGCUAGAAGCCUCAAAUGAAUUUGUGUUCUUCAUGAAAGUUGAAGUAGACGUCCCAAGCUUUCCAACGGUUCAAGAAUCGACUCAAUCGGACAUUUCUACGCAAAGUUAUGAAGUUUUGAAGAUCGGAGCUGAAACCGUAAUGCCAAGCUCGAAUCGAGCUCACCAAGGCCAAGAGGGAGCUCGAUUCGAGCUCACCACUCUGAGUUCCAGAAAUUCAAGCUCGAAUCGAGCUUGAGGAGCAAAAAAUCAAGCUCGAUUCGAGCUUAGGCUUGUGUAAAGGGGGAAAUUUGAUUUCAAAUGCUUCAAGGCUUGAUUCUCUUUGCUUCUUUGGGCCAAACACUCCUUGAGUGAAUGUUUUUCUUUCCUCUUUUGUAAACAUAUAAAAACCCUUUUAUCUCUAUUUUAGGUUAUGUCAUGAUUUGGUAGAGAAUUGAUAGACAUCUCAUUAUUGUAGCAACACUUUCUCUCUAGCUUUAAAUCAUUGUUCUUAUUGUUCUUACUUAAAGUAGUAAAGGAUCUUCAUAGUUCUUGGUGUUCUUCAAACUAAUUUCCAGAUUUUGCUAUAUUGGGAAACUUAUUAAAUACAAGUAUUAGUCUUUUAAUUGAAGCUUCAUUAUCUUGUUCAUGUGUUUAAGGUUCAUUUAUUACUCCAAGGAUAUCAACUAUAGUGUAUGCACAAUACACGAAGGGCUAAUCUUCCACUAGAACCGUUUCAAGACAAUCUCGGGGGCUUUGAAAGAAGUGUGAGGCGGGAAAAUCGUAGACCCGCUAUCAUGGAAAAUGAGAAUGAAGAUUUUGAGGAAGGUGAGCGGUUCAAUCCUCAAGUGGAAGGAGCGGAACAACAUUAUCCGCCUCCUCCCCCACUUGAGAAUGUGAAUCGCCAAAGGCAUCAAGAACGCCCAAGGGAUGAUCGACCCCACUUGCAUCCACAAGUGCACAAUCAACCAAGACAAACUUUAGGCGAAUUCUUUUUGCCGAAUGUGGAUAAUGCCACGUUUGGAUGUUUUGCAAUGCCGGUUCAAGCGACAACCUUUGAGAUCAAGCCAAGUACGAUACAACUUUUAGAGAAUCGUUGUGCAUUUUACGGGUUGAGUCAAGAGGAUCCCAAUGCGCACAUCGCCAAAUUCUUGGGUGUACUCAAUACGUUUAAGCUUCAUGGGAUAACCGCGGAUCAAAUCAAGUUGAGAAUGUUCCCCUUCUCUUUAAGGGACAAGGCUAGCUUAUGGCUUCACUCUCUACCCAACGAAUCCAUCCACAAUUGGAGAGAGUUGGCUCAAGCGUUUCUCAACAAAUAUUUCCCUCAUGGCAAGACUACAAAGUUGACCAAGGAUAUUCUUGAAUUUAUUCAAUUUGAAGGGGAGUCACUUUAUGAGGCAUGGGAGCGUUUCAAGGAUUUACAAAGGAGUGUCCCCCAUCAUCGGCUCAAUAAAGAGCAUGUGAUCCAAAUCUUCUAUGAUGGGACGACUAUUACUACUAGAGCAACAAUUGAUGCGGCUUCGGGCGGAUCACUAAUGCAAAAGACGUAUGAAGAGGCGCUAGAAUUGGUGGAAAAGUUGGCGAUAGUUAGUAGCACUUGGGGCCCUAUUGAUAGAAGAGCGCCAUCUACUCAAAAGUCGGUAAUGACUCUUGAUCAAGUGAGGGAAAUGGAGGCCAUAAAAGCAACUAAUGCUUCUCUACAAGCACAAGUGGAUGCCCUCAAGAAACAAGUUGCUCCAAGAAACGCACCGGUCGCCUAUGUUCAAGUGGGAUGUGAGCAUUGUGGGGACUACAACCAUAGUAGUGGGGAGUGUUAUGCCACGGGGAAAGCUUGGAGUGAGCAAGUGAACUAUGUUGGGGGCCAAGGGCAAGCUAAUGACCCGUACUCUAAUACCUACAACCCCGGAUGGAGGAAUCAUCCUAACUUUGGAUGGAGAAACCAAGAAGGUCAAGGCAAUGCUCAAGCCUCCAACCAAGCGGGUCCUAGUUUUCAAGGAGGAAAUAGACCUCAAUAUCAACAACAACCACAAGGUCAAUACCACAACAACCAACACCAAGGGAAUAAUUAUGGUGGUAGACCACAACACCCUCCCGGUUUCCAACAACCAAGGAACACGGAUGAGGGAAACAUGCUUGCCAAAUUGAUGGAGAAAUUUGAAAAGAUGGAGGUUGAAAAUAGGCAACUUCACAAUGAAAAUAGGCAAAGGGAGAAGAACCAAGCUUCCACCAUCCAUCACUUAGAGACUCAAAUCUCACAAAUGGCACUUUCGCUUCAAGGUAGACCUCAAGGGGGAUUGCCCUCUACUACGGAAAACAAUCCUAGAGAGCAUGUGAAAGCCAUCAAAGUUGUGGAACUUCGAAGCGGUAGAGUCCUUGAUGUUGAUCAUGAUAAGGAUCUUGAAAAAGCUAAUGGCAAGAGGCCAAUGAUUGUGGAGGUUGAGCCUCAAGUGGUAAUAGAUGUUGCAAGCUCUAGUCAAGAGCUACCAAAGUCGUGUGAGGAGGUGGCUAUUGAUAUUGAUGUUGAAGAACCAUAUGUGAGGCCACCACCACCACCACCUUUUGUGCCUAAAAUACCAUUCCCAAGCCGGUUGAGAAAGGCUCCGGAUAAUGAAAAGUUUCAUAAGUUUCUUGAAAUAUUCAAGAAACUUCAAAUAAGCAUGAGCCUAGGGGAUGCCUUGCGAGAGAUGCCCCAAUACGCUAAGUUCUUGAAAGACAUAAUUAUGAACAAGCAAAGUUGGGAACAAGGCGGAACAAUUCCUCUAACGGAAAGUUGUAGUUCUAUUAUCCAAAGCAAUCUACCGACCAAGCUACAAGAUACAGGGAGUUUCACGAUUCCUUGCUUAAUUGGCACUUCUACUUCUCUUAAUUGUCUUUGCGAUUUAGGUGCAAGUAUAAAUCUAAUGCCGUUGUGUCUUUUCAGGAAAAUAUGUGGAAACCAACCGAUAAAACAAACUUCCAUGAUGCUCCAAUUGGCCGACCAUUCGCUCAAGAGACCGCACGGGGUUGCGGAAGACGUGCUAGUAAAAGUGGGCAAGUUCAUCUUUCCGGUGGACUUUGUUGUGCUUGAUUAUGCGGUCGACAAAGAUUGCCCCAUGAUUCUCGGGCGUCCUUUUUUGAAUACGGGGAGAGCAUUGGUUGAUGUUAAUGGGGGGAAGAUAACAUUAAGAAUGAAUGAUGAGAGCAUGGUGUUUGACAUCAAGCAUGGAAAAAGCAAGUGUGAGGAGGAGAAAUGCAUGAAGAUUGAUACUAUUGAGCCCACAUUCCAUGUGCCUAUGAAGGAGGUUCCUAUGAAAGAACCCGAGGUUGUGUGUGCAAAAAUCAAGACAACACCUCAUGUCAAGCCACGCAAGGGAAAACCAAGACGUUGGGCAUCAUGGAAGUUGAAGCUCAACGGGAUAGCAACCGCAAGCAAGAGACAAAUAUGCACGGAAGUUGCUACUCUUGGUGAGUACGUCCAAGUUCGAACCUCUCAAGUACAUUCACAAGCGGGGAAGUUGAUUUCUAAGUGGAGCGGGCCGUUUAAAACACGGCGCAAAUUGGUUAAUGAUUUGAUUGAGUUGGAGGGGGCCAAUGGAGAUGUUUUUAAGGUGCUUGGAGAAUGGUGCAAACCAUAUCCUAGAGUGUUGAUCGAUGAAAGUCGCGAGCAAGUCGCUCUUUUUGAUCCUCCAUGA